AGGAAUCUUUCAGUCUUCAAUUUAUUUUGAUUUUUAAGAUAUUAAACACAAACAAGUUCCAAUCAUUAUUAUUUAUUUAAGGUUGUUGUAGCGUUUCAUUUUCUUGUGGAUUAAAUGAUUUCUGUUCUUUUAUAUUUUUCAUACAAUAUACGUUAAUCUUCAUAAUAUUGAAAUGUCUGCGGAAUCUGAUAUGGAAUAUUCGGACAAUGAUGGAGACGACUAUGACUAUUACGGAGGACAAGAUGAUUGCGAUAUGGAAGCUGUGGACCGUAGCAAAUCAGAUCCAGAAUAUUUUCAAUACACUUGUCUUAGAGUAGAAGAAGUGGAAAAAUUAUUGAAUGAAUCGAUUGAACUACUUAGUAACAGUCUCCAAAUAACACCUUCACUAGCGAAGGUAAUGUUGCAUGCUUAUGAAUGGAAUGCUCAAGAGAUUAUAAAAAAAUAUAACGAAAAUCCGAAUGAAGUUCUUGUAUACAGUUGUGUGAAACCUCGUCUACCAGUUGUUCAGGGUUGCACAAGUCGAUCUAUCUGUGCUGUUUGUGCAACCACACCCCCCAUCAAUAAUUACAGUGCACUUGCUUGUGGGCACUUUUUUUGCAAUGAAUGUUGGGCAAUGCAUUUUGAAGUUCAAAUCAUGCAAGGAGUCUCCAACACUAUACAAUGUAUGGCUCAAGAUUGUGAAGUAAGAGUACCAGAGGACUUUGUUUUAUCUCAUGUAACAAAACCAGCUUUAAGAGAACGCUAUCAACAAUUUAUGUUCAAAGAUCAUGUUAAAUCCCAUCCUCAGCUCCGAUUUUGUCCAGGACCUAAUUGUCAGUGGAUAUAUCGUGCCUGGGUCCGGGAAGGUGCUCGUCGUGUUGAAUGUCAAGGCUGUGAAAUGCUAACUUGUUUCUCAUGUGGGGCUCCACAUCAUGCUCCCACUGACUGUAUUACUAUAAGGCGUUGGCUGACAAAGUGUGCCGAUGAUUCUGAAACUGCCAACUAUAUUAGUGCUCAUACAAAGGACUGUCCUAAAUGUCAAAUCUGUAUAGAAAAAAAUGGUGGUUGUAAUCAUAUGCAAUGUGGUGCUUGCCGACAUGAUUUUUGUUGGGUAUGUCUUGGCGACUGGGGUUAUCAUGGAUCAGAGUACUAUGAGUGCAGUCGCUAUAAGGAAGACCCUAAUUCUGUAACAGAUAGUCAACAAGCUCAAGCAAAGGAAGCUUUAAAAAAAUAUUUGCAUUACUAUGAAAGAUGGGAAAAUCAUGCAAGGUCUUUAAAACUAGAGGAGCAGACACUUGCAACUUUGAAAAGCCGAAUAAAUCAAAAGGUAAUGGCUGGGGAGGGCACAUGGAUUGAUUGGCAGUACCUUUGGGAUGCAGCUAGACUCUUGAAGCGGUGUAGAUACACACUUCAAUACACUUACCCAUUUGCAUACUAUAUGGAUAUAGGGCCCAGAAAAGAAUUAUUUGAGUAUCAGCAGGCACAACUGGAAGCAGAAAUAGAGAAUUUAUCUUGGAAAAUAGAAAGGGCUGAAACCACAGACAGGGGAGAUCUUGAAAAUCAAAUGGAUAUUGCUGAAAAGCGAAGAACAACAUUACUUAAAGACUUCUUAGAAUUUAAUAUUAGUAUUGCAUCUGGUAGUAAAAUAUAACAAAGGUUUAUAAUAUAGAGUGAGCUAUAAAUACAAUGAAAUCAAAGCAAUGAGCACCUUAUAAUAUUUCUAAGCCAGAUUUUUUUUUGCCAAAGUAUAUUUAUUAACAUAACUUUUGCAAUAAAAUUAAUUAAUGUGGCA